AUGCCCGGCACCUACGCAGGCGCACCGCCCGCGGGCUACACGGGAGGUCCUCCGGCAUCGCUGCAGCCUGGUGGAAAACCCUACCAGGCAUACCCAGGCUCCCCUCCUCCUCAAGGAUCGACCGAAUAUUCCCCCUACGGCGGCUCCCCUGCUCAGCCCUACCAUCAGCCAUACGGCACCCCGACUCCCCCAGUGCCCUCUGCUGGCUAUUCGCGACCACCCCCUGGUCCUCCUGGCCAACCGCCUAUUCCCUACCCCGCUCAGGCGCAGCAGGGCUAUUCACGCCCGCCGCCCCCGCCGCCUAAUCAGCCCUAUGGAGCGGGAUCGCCAUACCCUGGACAGCAGCAGCCACCCUAUGGCCAGCAUUCGCCUUAUCCGCCUCAAGGUCCUCCGUAUCCCGGUGCACAGGGCCGCCCCGGGCCACCUCCUGGUCCCCCCGGUGGCCAGUAUGGCCCUCCGGGCGGUGCUCCCCCGCCCGCGGCUCCCGCGACGCCGCAGCAGGUGGCUGCCUAUCGCCAGCUGUUGAUCGGGGCCAUUCAAGAGAAGAACCUCCAGAACUUUUACCCUCCCGAACGACUGGAUCGACUUGUCCAAAACCUGGCUGUUGAAGCACCGAGCAAGCUCAACCGGCUGGUGCACGAAUGGAACGUGCCUAUGGAGGUGGCGACUGACGUGAUGAAGCUCUCACUCUUUGAUAUCAUCCUCUAUGUCGAUGACAGUGGCUCCAUUGAAUUUGAGGAGAAGGGGCUUCGCAAGGAUCAACUUCGCCAGAUCCUGGGACUGGUGGCUACCGCAGCAUCGACCUUUGACCAAGAUGGGAUCUCGGUUCGGUUCAUGAACUCGAUGGAGGUCGGCGAUGGGAUCCGCAGCGCCGAUGAUGUAAACCGUCUGGUGUCUCGUGUUCGCUUUGCAGGCUUAACCCCGCUGGGUACCAGCCUGAGGAACAAGGUCAUCGAUCCGAUGGUGGUGGGCCCGGCCCGUGCCAACCGUCUUGACAAGCCCGUGCUGAUCAUAACGAUCACGGACGGCCAGCCAGCUGGUGAACCGCACGGGGCGGUGGCCGAUGCCAUUCGUUUGGCCGUGGACGAGGUGUCUCGGACUCGGUACGGCAAGGGUGCUGUCUCCUUCCAGUUCUCGCAGGUGGGCACGGACCAGCGAGCCCGCGAGUUCCUGGGGAAUUUGGAUGAAGAUCCUCAGAUCGGCCACCUGAUCGACUGCACUUCCAAUUUCGAGGUCGAGCAGGACGAGAUGUCUCGUGCGAACCCGCCGAUCCAUUUGACUCGGGAACUUUGGUGCGCAAAGCUGAUGCUCGGUGCGAUCGACGCCUCGUACGACACCAAGGAUGAGAAGCGCGCGGGAGGUCCACCACCUGCAGGACCCCCGCCAGCCCAGUAUGGCGGCUAUGGGCCGCCGCCAGGGGGCUCGUACCCCCCGGGACCACCGUCCUACAACCCGCAGCCGGGCUACCAGCAGCCGGGCUACCAGCAGCAGCAGCAGCCUCCCUACCCGCCCUCGAACCAGGGACCCCCCUACGGCCAGCCGCAGCCCCCUUACGGCUACUCUCCCCAUCCCCCGCCAGGCCCUCAAGGCUACCCACCACCUGGACAGUAUGGCCAGCCACCACCGCGUUAUUAA